AUGAGUGUCGCACCGGUAGAUACAACGGAUACUAUUAAAAACUAUGAUGACAAUGACUUGGGGUUGGCAGAAUGUUAUGAUCUGAAUGAUGAUAAAGAUAUAUUCCAACAAAGCAGUCUUUUCCAAGCAAUGAAGCCAUUACUAUGGAGUCUAAAGCUGUGUGGUCUGUACCAUGAAAGACAAUGGAGGGUGAAAAAUGGGAAAGGUGACCUCGAGGAAAUUGGAAAAGUUACCCCCUCUCGGAUAUGGAGCAUUGUUUCAAUGAUAGUCCAAUGGCUGAACUUUGGAAAAAUCAUGCUGGCAUUUUUGCGAGAUAAUGAAUUUGGCUCUGGGUUGAUGAUCAAGGUCAUGGUCAUGAUGUGGCAUUUAAACUGUGGUAUAUCAUGCAUAGUUAUGUACCGCUGUUGGGCAAAGCCAGAAAAUUUACCUGGCCUCAUCUAUAAAUGGGAAAAACUUUGCAAACAAGACACAGAAGAUACCCUACAAAAAUUCAAGCGUUUGGUCAAAAUUGGUCUUUUCUUUUCAUGGGGACUUACUAUUAUGAACUUUGUCUUUUUCGUUUACUUUCUGUUUAAUAAUGACAUAUUUCAUGUUGUCAUGGUGCCCUUUGAAAAGGAUGUUCAAGGUCUUUUAAUUGUCAAGAUAGUCUUUGUUGUAGUAAGUGGGACAUUAGUCAACAUGUCAUGUACAUUUCCUUCUCUAACUCACAUCGCAGUGACAUGGCUUCUUAAUGAGGAAUUCAAAAAGUUUAACAAACAAUUCAAAGAUAGCAUAAGUGAAUGCCAUGGCCUAGAAGGCAGCAUUGAGAGCCAUAGAAAACGACACAUGGACAUAUGUCAGCUCACAGGAUUUGCUGACGAAGCUUUCAAAUGUUACCAUGCUUCAGCGAUUGGAAUUCCUAUAACUGUUACCUUAAUCAUUAUUUACAACAUCAUGAAUUUGGACAGGAUCAGAACCGAUUCCUUUUUGACAAUGACAAUGGUAUUCUGGUUGUUGAUGAACCUGUUUAUUAUGAUAGAAGCGUUACUGAUGUGUGCAAUUGUUAAUAGCACAGCACAUGACUCUUAUGAUGACGUUCAUUCACUAGAUCUUCAAUACAUGGAUCAAAAGGAAGUUUUGCAGGUGUCUAUAUUCCUGAACAAGUUAUCUGGACAUCCUGAUCAGAUAGGACUUAAGGUGGCAUGUCUUUUUAUCAUUGACGGACCAACCAUUCUAACUGUGUUCGGGUUGCUUCUUAGUUAUUUUUUCCUGUUGAUUUCAUUCAAACCAGCCAGUCCAGAGAGUGUUCUAGCAGAUUGUAACUGUACAAUUUCAAUAUAAGUUAUAAUGAACAUUCAAAUCAACAAGGCCAGAGAGUGUGCUAGCAGCAUGUAACUGUACAACAUCAUUUAAAGUUAUAAUGAACAUUCAAAUCAACAAGUGCAGAUAACGUGCAAGCAGCGUGUAACUGUACAACAUCAAUUAAAGUUAUAAUGAACAUUCAGAUCAACAAGUGCAGAGAAUGUGCUAGCAGCGUGUUACUGUACAACAUCAAUUAAAGUU